UCUAAUUUAAUUUAAGGGCUGGUAUUCAUUUCCUUUUUUAUAUAAUAUUUAUUUUUUACUUCAUAUAAUGUUUGUCAUCAUCGCAAAUCAACUUUAUUUAUUUGACUUAAAAACACUUGAACUUAUAACCAGUAAAAUGGCUAUUUGGCAAGCCUUGGCUACAGCCUAUUUAUCAAUGAACGUUAGCAUUCUAGCUAACAACUGCUGCAUCCAAAAUAGCUAUUUUGCAAAGAUCACAACCAGACAUAAUAUUAGCGACUGUUCAAGCAAAAAUCAAAACAUCAUUGUAAGCGUAUGAGAACCCACCCCACCCCAAAAAUGUUUCGUUCAGAAGUAAUAAAAACGUACAUCUGGGCUAUGUCGAAUUUGCGCAGGUGUCGAUGGCUGUUACUGACAAGAGUCGCACGCAUCUGUACGUGACGUCAGUGUGCGGUGUCUCGCAAGAGAGGCCACGGAAGUUUCAAUUGGACAAAUUCAGGAUGCAUCAGGAGGAUGAAGAUUACACCAAUCCGCCAGAGGAGUUUAUAGGACUGUCUGAUUUCACGAGCUGCGGCAGCGACCAGCUGAGUUUCAGAGCUGGAGACAGGUUACUGGUCCACACCAAGACGUCAGCUGACUGGUGGUGGGCGGAGUUAGGAGGCCUUUGUGGCUACGUUCCAUCUAGUUACCUGAAACAAGAUGUGGAGGACAGUUACCUAAAACAAGGUGUGGAGGAGGACACCUCAGAGGAAACCUCAGAGGACCCCUGGCAGGAUGAAGAGUACUUUGGCAGCUAUGGAACACUGAGGCUUCAACUGGAGAUGCUGAGUGACCGAGCGAGGACGGAGACGUACCGCCAGGUGAUUCUGACCAACAGCGCCCCCCUAAGGGGCAAGGUGGUUAUGGACCUGGGCUGUGGCACAGGAGUCAUCAGCCUCUUCUGUGCCCGCCUGGCCCAGCCCAAAGCUGUUUAUGCAGUGGAGGCCAGCUCCAUAGCAGAACACACUGAGACCCUGGUGAGGCAGAACGGCUGUGAGGAGGUUGUGACAGUCUUCCAGGGUCGGGCUGAGGAGCUGGAGCUACCAGGCACAGUAGACAUCCUGAUCUCAGAGUGGAUGGGCAACUGUCUGCUGUUUGAGUUCAUGGUAGAGUCAGUGUUGCAGGCGCGGGACCGCUGGCUGAGAGACGGGGGGAUGAUGUGGCCCUCUGGGGCCUCUCUCUGCCUGGUCCCCUGUCAGGCCCUGGACUACUACACAGAGAGGAUGGGCUUCUGGGAGCAGCCCUACGGACUGGACUUCACUGCCCUCCAAUCCCUGGCCCAGUCAGAGUUCUUCUCCAGGCCCAGGUUCAGCCACCUCCUCCAGCCUGAAGACUGCCUGGCCACCCCCUGUGAUGUCAUCACUCUGGACAUGCUCACGCUGCAUGUUACAGAUCUAGAGCUGAGGGGCCAGUUUACCUUCAUCGUGGAAAAGGCUGGGACGUUCCACGGGUUCACUUCCUGGUUCAAAGUUCAGUUCCAGAGCCUGGAGAGAGACAAAACCACAUUGGAGUUAGACACUGGGCCCUACUCUGAGCCAACCCACUGGAAGCAGACUCUGUUCAUGCUGGACGGGCCGAUCUCGCUGCUCGGUGGAGAGACGGUGUCUGGAAUCAUCUUGCUACACCGGAACCCUGUCUGGAGACGUCACAUGACUGUUACCAUCCAAUGGAGAAUCAGCAGCACAGAGGAAACAGGAAACUGCAUGGUCCAGACAAAGAGUUUCCCUAUGUGGAGAUGAUGACAUCAUAGGCUGUCAUUGAAGGAUAUAGCAGCCAGACGUCUCUGAUAUUAGCCUAGUCCCAGAUCUGUUUGUGGCUUUGCCUACUCCAUUGUCAUUGUUAAGCCAAACAUGACAAUUCCAUAAGGAGUGUUGUGGAAAUGACCACCAGGGACUCUAAGUCAAACUUAAAUUAUCAUACUUUAUUAUCAGCAAGCUGGAAAGGUUCCAACAAACAUAAUGCACCAAGUAGUACACGUCUGUCAGGAGCUCUGUCAGAGAAGUCCUGUUAGUUCUCGAAUAUACUGCUUUUGCAGACAAGUUAUAUUUGCAUGAUUUACAUGAUUACAUAUUUGAAUUCAUCAUUGACGUUUGGUUCAUGCAUGUGACCGACCAAUACCUCACGAGGCUUCUUCUCUCCAAGCUGAGACCUUGAAACUGAUAUAUCCUUUUCGGUUCUCAAAACAAUGUUCUGGGCAUACUGACAAAUUGCUUAUACUGAUACGGAUCAAUCAGUCACUUGUAUGAACCCAGUCGAAUAGGUUAUUAGAAAAGCACAAACAAACAUUUCCUUCACAUUCUCUCCUCUUAUAUAAAAGUUAGCCUUACAUUUUAAGGUAAGCAUUAGAUUAUAGCUUCUAUCAAAAGGUUCUAUACUUCUAUUAAAUUAAGUGAAAUCAACACAUAAAACCAGAUACUUCAUCCUUUCAAACCCUUCAUUCUGGGAUGUACAAUCUAAACAGUUACACACAUACUUCAUUACACAAUUUAAUUUACGGAUUCUGUCAAUGACAUUUCAGCUGGAGCUUUUGUCGCGAGUGGCAUGUUCAAUGCAUUUUUUUGUCUAAAUUAUAAUACAUUUUGCAGUGUGCAGACCUUCACAAUCAACCUGAUACCUGAAAUAAACUAUUUUGGACAAGCCUAA